AUGGCGGUGGUCGAGAACAACGUAGUGCAGAAUCGCUGCAUUCUGGACAAUAUCGUGACAAAACGGUUUACAAGGAAGCAAAUCACAAUCAGCAACACGAUUCUAGGCAGUCGAGUGUCGGUUGCGCAAGCCAAGGCGCAAAAAACGCCAUUUGCUUCGAUGGCUGAAAUGUGUAAAGGCGCGAUCGUGUACGAAAACGGUCUCCCAUUUGUCAUCCACGACUUUCUUCAGCCGGCAGCUGAGUACACGCUGUUCUUGUACCUGGAUGGACAGCAGGAAACGGGCACCGGAACGCUGAUUCGUUUGGACUUGUCCCUGUUGCCAGCGAACAAAUUGCAAGGUCCUGUGAUCGUGUUUGAGAAUAAAGCCAGGAUGAUAGCUGCCACAAAUAAC